AUGGCCUCCGAGGACGUAGCACCGGAGGCGCAACGCGUAUCGACGCGUGCUUCUCGGGCGAGUGUUUCUUCACAUCCAGCCUCAACAAGCACAGAAAGUGGUUCCGAACAUCAACGCUUCGAACCUAUACGGUCAAGGAGAACUCGCGAUGAAGCAGACUAUGAAUUUUACCGUGGUGAUGCUGCCACCAGGAGUGAACUUGCGAGGAUGGCCUCGGUCCUGUCUGGGGUUCAACCCGCUCGGACAGCCACUGGAGACGGCCUUACAAGACAAGACACUGUGGCCGGCAUGGCUCCAGAAUCACCGGAGUUUGAUCCCAAUCAUCCAUCCUUCAACUUCUUUCUGUGGCUGAGAAAGUUUGCACAGCUUCUAGAAGAGCAAGGCAUCAAACGUCGACGGACGGGGUUUACUUUUACAAAUCUCAACGUGUCUGGCAAAGGUGCUGCUCUUGUGCUUCAACAGACCGUUGGGUCAGCCUUCAUGGCGCCGUUCCGCUUCCGUGAGCUUUUCAGUCAUCCACCCGAGAAAACGAUCUUGACCAAUUUCAACGGACAUGUUAACAGCGGGGAACUGCUCAUUGUCCUUGGAAGACCUGGGAGUGGCUGUUCCACCUUCCUCAAAAGCAUCUGUGGAGAGCUUCAAGGUCUCAAAAUUUCCCAGGACUCCAAGGUCACAUACAGCGGCAUAUCGCAAGACAUCUUUCUGAAGGAGUUCAAAGGCGAAGCCGUUUACAAUCAGGAGAACGAAAAACACUUUCCUCACUUGACGGUCGGAGAGACACUCGAGUUUGCAGCCGCGUGCAGAACUCCUUCCCAUCGGCUGUUCGGUGCGCCGAGAGACAAAUGGAGCAAAUAUAUGGCAACGGUGAUGAUGACUAUCUUUGGUCUUUCACAUACUCGCAACACCAAGGUCGGUGAUGAUUUUGUGCGAGGAGUCAGUGGAGGUGAACGGAAGCGUGUCAGCCUUGCAGAGAUGGCUCUUGCUGGACCCCCCAUAGCUGCAUGGGACAAUUCAACAAGAGGAUUGGACUCUCAGACUGCGCUCGAAUUCGUACGAUCACUACGCACCGCGGCCGACGUAGCAGGUCUCACAUCUUUAAUUGCCAUAUAUCAAGCAUCACAAGCGAUCUAUGACCUGUGCGACAAAGCCAUUGUCCUGUACGAAGGAAGACAAAUAUACUUUGGCCCUACCGAUGAGGCAAAGGCAUAUUUCGAGGACAUGGGCUGGUAUUGUCCUCCGCGACAAACGACUGGGGACUUUCUGACAUCUGUCACCAAUCCGCGUGAGAGAAAGCCUCGAGAAGGAUUCGAAGGUCGAGUACCCCGUACGGCCGAGGACUUUGAGAAGUACUGGGUCCAAAGUCCCAACUACAAGUACGCCCAGGAGGAAUCGAAACAAGCUGCCGAAGUCAACGCGGACGGAAAGGAAGCUCUUGAUACUUUUCGAGAGUCUCACAAGUUUAGCCAAGCUCAACAUACACGUCCCAAAUCGCCCUACACGAUCAGUAUACCUAUGCAGGUUCGGCUAUGUACGAAGCGAGCAUAUCAACGCUUGUGGAAUGACAAAGCCUCGACGGUGGCUGUCAUCUUUAGUCGAAUCACAUUGGCCUUGGUUGUCGGAUCUAUUUACUACGGAACUCCACUUUCAACGGGCUCGUUUUUCUCUAAAGGCGCGGUGCUGUUCUUCGCCGUGCUGUUGAGUGCACUCCAGUCCAUUGUAGAGAUCAACAAGUUAUAUGCCCAACGACCGAUCGUGGCCAAGCACAAAUCCUACGCUUUCUACCAUCCUUUCACCGAAGCUCUUGCAGGAAUUGUGGCCGACUUGCCCAUCUCCUUCUGUACGACGGUCGUGUUCAGCAUCAUUCUUUACUUUCUCGCUGGACUCCGGACGAGAGCUUCCAACUUCUUCAUUUUCCUCCUAUUCAACUUCAUCUGCUCAUUGACAAUGUCUGCAAUCUUUAGGACCACUGCAGCUCUGACAAAGACCAUCACAGCGGCGCUUGCUAUCGCAGGUGUAGCCGUAUUGUGGGUUGUUAUUUACACUGGCUUCGUGAUUCAGCGCAGUUAUAUGCACCCAUGGUUCAAGUGGUCUAGCUGGAUUAAUCCUGUUGCAUAUGCCUAUGAAGCUCUGAUUGUUAACGAAGUCCAUGGACGCGAAUUCCCGUGCGCGUCAACAAGUUUGGUUCCCCCUUACGGUCAAGGGGCUAAUUUCCAAUGCGCGGUUGCCGGGUCUGUUCCAGGUCAAAUCAACGUCUCUGGAGAUGCUUGGGUGAAGUCGUCUUACGGAUACUCUUACAGUCACAUUUGGAGGAACUUGGGAUUCUUGUUUGCUUUCAUGAUCUUCUUCUUCUCCAUCUACUUCAUCGCUACUGAAGUCAACUCUGACACGACCUCCACCGCGGAAUUCCUAGUGUUUCAACGGGGCCGUGUUCCUAGUUAUCUUCAGGAAGGCAAACGCAAGGAUGAGGAGGACCCUGGCACGGCCACCAAACCUGCGAAUCUGGACCAUGAUGCUGAAGGGAAGCAGGAAGACGGGGUCAAAGUCCUUCCAGCACAGAAAGAUAUCUUUACGUGGCGAAACGUGACACUUGACAUCAAGAUCAAAGGACAGCCACGGAGGCUUCUUGAUAACAUAUCCGGGUAUGUAAAGCCUGGAACUCUUACGGCUCUCAUGGGAACGAGUGGUGCUGGUAAGACCACACUCCUUGAUGCACUUGCGCAACGGACCAACAUUGGCGUGUUGACUGGAGACAUGCUUGUCAACGGCAAACCCUUAGACCCUUCUUUUCAGCGGAAGACAGGCUAUGUUCAGCAGCAAGACUUGCACCUUGAGACUGCCACGGUCCGAGAAGCUCUGCAGUUUUCAGCAUAUCUUCGACAACCCAAUUCCGUAUCCAAGGAAGAAAAGGAUGCUUUUGUCGAGGACGUUAUCCGCAUGCUGAACAUGGAAGAUUUCAGUGAAGCAGUGGUCGGAAACCCCGGAGAGGGUCUCAAUGUCGAGCAACGCAAGCUACUCACAAUCGGAGUUGAACUUGCCGCCAAACCCGCUCUGCUGAUAUUUUUGGAUGAGCCUACUUCAGGCUUGGACUCUCAGAGCUCUUGGUCGAUUGUGGCAUUCCUCCGCAAACUCGCCGACUCCGGCCAAGCGAUUCUAUGCACCGUCCACCAGCCGUCAGCGAUUUUGUUUCAAGAAUUUGAUCGACUGUUGUUCUUGAUGAAGGGUGGCAAGACCAUCUACUUUGGAGAUAUUGGGCCAAACUCGAAGACCUUACUGGAUUACUUCGAACGCAAUGGUGCGCCGAAAUGCGACGAGAAUGCCAAUCCUGCCGAGUACAUGCUUGACAUUUGUGGCAAAAGCUCUGACCGUGACUGGAGCGAAGUCUGGAAGACCACUCCCGAAGCAGCUGAGAUCCAGGCCGAGCUCGAUCGAGUUUCUGAAGCAAAGAGAUCCGAGCCUGUUGUCGACCAGGGGCCGGCUACGCAAUAUGCGGUUCCCCUGAAGUCCCAGAUCUACCAUGUCACAAAGCGUGUUUUCCAGCAAUAUUGGAGAACGCCAUCGUACGUCAACGGCAAAUUCUUGUUGGGUAUUAUGUCCGCACUUUUUACCGGUUUCUCCUUCUACAAGCAGAACACAACACAGGCAGGCUUGCAGAAUACCCUUUUUGCAGUCUUCAUGCUGGUCACGGUCUUUUCCAGCCUCGUGCAGCAAAUAAUGCCACGCUUCGUCAUACAAAGAUCCCUUUACGAAGUGCGCGAACGGCCUUCCAAGGCGUACUCUUGGGUUGCCUUCCUUGUUGCUAACAUCUUCGUGGAAAUACCAUACCAGCUUCUACUAGGAAUCCUGAUCUGGGUUGCCUGGUACUUUGCAGUUUUUGGCAAGAAUCAAUCCGGGCAAACGCGUGGGUUGAUGCUCCUCUUUACGGUUCAAUUCAUGGUGUUCACGAGUACGUUCGCACACAUGGUAAUCGCUGCCCUGCCGGAUGCCGAGACGGCCGGAAAUAUCGCCACGCUCAUGUUUAGUAUGAUCCUCACGUUCAACGGUGUACUUCAGUCACCUUCGGCCUUGCCUGGCUUUUGGAUCUUCAUGUACCGCGUGAGUCCAAUGACAUACCUCAUUUCCGGCUGGGCCGGUACCGGUCUUCACGGACGAACUGUCGAAUGCGCCGAGAACGAAAUGGCCAUCUUCGACCCGCCCUCAGGCGAGACCUGCGAGCGAUACUUGACCCGGUACUUCGACGCGGGCGCUCCUGGACGUUUGCUCAACCCCAGCGCCACGAGUGGAUGUGAGUACUGUCCGAUCCGGUCGGCCGACCAGUUCCUCGCAGGAAACAACGUCUACUACAGCGAGCGGUGGAGGAACUUCGGCCUUGGAUUCGUCUACAUCUUCUUCAACGUGUUUGCGUGCAUCAUGUUGUACUACGUCUUCCGAGUAAGACGCUUCAGCAUCUCACGCCUGGCGAAGUGGCCUGCUUUUGUGGCCGAGGUGGUUUUGGUCCAGGGCUUCAGACGUCUGUUCGCGCGGCACGUCGAGCCUACACCUGCUGGAAAGGAGGCGGAGAGCCACAAGGCAUUUUGA